UGUUCAGUUGCUGCUGGAGGACUUUGUCCUCCUCCUCCUUCCUGUGGAAGCUCUGGGUUCACAUUGUCGAGGAGCUGAACUGAAGCUCUAAAACACAAAAAACAAGCGGGACAAGAGACGAGAAGGACCCAGCUAUUGCGGAUUAAAGGUAUGUUCUGACAGGAUGUCCAGGAGCAACAGUCCCUUCAGCUUCGACACCAGCAGCUUCACCGGAUCCCUCCAGUCCAAUGGGGUUUCCAUGCUGGAUGAGACCUCGUCACAAAUCUCAAACAUAUCCAAGCCGAGUGCUAAAUCUAUUUACUUGCAGAGGAUGGAGUACGCAGCAUCCAUGAACAAGAUGCUGCAGAAGGUUCGGUACAAAGUGGAGCACCUGUUCACCUGUGACCUGGACGGGAAGGAUCUCAGGAACAUCAGAGACUGCGUGGAGCGCCUGAAGCUGUUGGAUCACAUGGGCCGGGUUUGGGGUCAGACCAUGCUGCUGGAGUUGAGGGACCACGACCUGCUGCUCACAGACAUAGACACAAAGGAGGAGCUGGAGACCAUCUCCCUCAGAGACGUCCAGGACCUGAUCGCCAUCUUGGAUGGGAGCCUGUUUGACUCCCUGCUCAUUGUCUCCGUUCAGAACAAGAAGAAACGGACCACCACCAUCUUCAUGUUCCAGAGCGAUGAAGUCAGGGCUGAUUUUGUUCAGAGGGAUUUAACACGUGCGAUGUCAGAGGGACGAGAAGCUUCACACCUCAGGGGCAAAACAUCAGUUACAGGAGGACAUGAGGGAGUGAAAGAAGCCAAUCAGAAACCUGCAGCUUGUCUGGCUCCGCGGCGGACACAAAAUGGACAGAGUGAGUCUCCUGAGCCUGAGCUGGAUCUGCGUCAGGACGAGGAUGAGGAGGAGAAGGAAGCAUCGUCUCACAGGAAGAAAGAGCCGUCGCCGCUGCCCCCUCCUCCUCGUGCAUACACAGAGCUGGACAGGAACGUGGACAUUUUGAAUCAUAUUGUAAACGAUGUGGAAAUCUUCAUGGAAAAAGUUGCAGCAAUCAUUGCUAAAAACGGGAAGAAGAAGAAGAAGAAAAAGAAUAAAGGAGUGGACGGGAUGCCUCCUAAUGAAGAAUUUGCAGAAUCUCUUCAUAAAAUCAAGUCUGGCUUCAACCUUCUGGCUGAGCUCAACGGAAAGAUCAAUGAUCCCAGCGCUCCGGUGUUGGUCCACUCUUUGUUCAGCUCUUUAAACUUUGUGGUCUCCCACUGCUCUGAGGAGCUGGCUUCGACCAUCAUCGCUCCACUGCUGACUCCUCAGUGUAUCCGUUUUCUGAGUGAGGAGGCUUCCCCUGAUGAGGAUCAGCUGUGGCAGUCUCUGGGUGAUCCCUGGAACAUCCCCAGUACUAAAUGGCCAGAGGAUGAUGAGGACAUCCCAACGUACACCCUGAUGUUCUCCGAUGGCUGGCAGCCUCCUGAAGUAAGAGCUGCACCUCCACCGAGACAACCAGCGAGUAGACGGGAGGGUCCACGCCCUGCUCCGAGCCCCAGACCUCCACCCCCAGCAGAGUUCACCAAACCUCCACCCCCAGCAGAGUUCACCAGACCUCCACCCCCAGCAGAGUUCACCAGACCUCCACCCCCAGCAGAGUUCACCAGACCUCCACCCGCUGCAGCGCUGAGCCCAAAUGGACAGUUUCGUGCUCAGCAGAAGCCUCCACCACCUCCACAGAAUGAACGCCCAAACCAGUUAAAACUAAGUGACAUGAGAGUGAAGCAUGACUUCAUUUCACGAAACCACAGAGAGCUCACUGUCAGGAGAGGAGAAGUGGUUGAGCUGUUGGACAAGUCCAGGCAGUGGUGGAAAGUGAGGAACAGCAGAGGAGAGGAAGGAUACGUCCCCAACCAGGUCCUGGAGGCUGCUGAUGAGGACUCCAACCAGCAAAUGGAAACUUUCCCUGUCCUCACGAAGAGAUCUAAACCACCGGAGGUGAAAGCCUGGCUGGAGGACAAGGGCUUCAACCAAAUCACUGUGCGCUGUCUUGGCGUGCUCAGUGGCCCGAUUCUGCUGGGGAUGAGCAGAGAGGAGCUGAAGACGCUGUGUCCAGAGGAAGGAGGACGAGUCUUCUUCCAGUUACAGGCAGUCAAGUCGGCCAUGGCGGACCUCAGUUAAGAGACGAGGAGACUGGAGCAGAAACGGGAUGAUUCACACGGAGAAUAAACAAGUUUACAAACUGCAAAGUCACUUUUUUCUAAAUCAAAACAGGUUUAUUGCACCAAAGAAAAGUGUCAGUUGUGUCACCCAGUCACAUGUUGGACGCCUCUGUAAUCACUGUGUAAAUAAAAGUCAUUUCUGGCACAA